UCAUUGUAUCAAAGUUCACAACUUCUCUGGUGUAACUUUUUAGUAUUUUUACACUACUAUAUUUUUUACAUUUAUCUCUCAAAGUUAAAAAAUUAUAGAAAUGGCGUCAGUAAGUUUUGUAACUCGAGUUAUUUUAAGCAAAAAUGUUAUUAACACCGGCCGGUUUGCUACACUCUCAAAUACAGGUUUUAUUAAGUUCUAUAGUACAGCACCACAAUAUGAAAACAUCAAGGUGGAUGUGGUGGGUACCAAGAAGAAUGUAGGUCUUAUCCAAUUGAACAGACCUAAAGCAUUGAACGCACUAUGUAAACCGCUAUUCGUUGAACUGGGAAAAGCUGUCAAUGAUUUUGAUGCCGACCAGAGUAUCGCUGCUAUAAUUAUUACUGGUAAUGAAAAAGCAUUUGCUGCGGGUGCGGAUAUUAAAGAGAUGCAGAAUAACACAUACAGCUCCAACACUAAGGAUGGCUUCCUUAAGCAGUGGGAGGACAUCUCAAACUGCGGCAAGCCUGUCAUCGCUGCUGUUAAUGGAUUCGCUCUAGGCGGCGGUUGCGAGCUCGCUAUGUUAUGCGACAUAAUCUACGCUGGCGAGAAAGCCAAGUUCGGUCAGCCGGAGAUCAACAUCGGUACAAUCCCCGGAGCGGGAGGCACUCAGCGCCUGCCGCGUUACGUCGGCAAGUCCAAGGCCAUGGAGAUCGUACUCACUGGCAACUUCAUCGACGCGCACGAAGCAGAGAAGAUGGGUCUGGUCAGCAAAGUUUUCCCAGUUGACAAACUGCUAGAGGAAACUAUCAAACUUGCGGAGAGAAUCGGCACACACUCUCCGCUCAUCGUCAAGUUGGCCAAGCAGGCUGUCAAUCAAGCAUAUGAGACCACUCUCAAGUCUGGUCUAGUCUUUGAGAAGUCUAUAUUCUAUGGUACUUUCGCUACGGCGGACCGCAAAGAAGGCAUGACUGCAUUUAUCGACAAGAGAUCACCUAACUUCAAGAACGAAUAAAAAAUACAUUUUAUACAUUAAAAAUGUUUAAUAAGACAGCUAAGGGAAAGUGUUAUUUGUUAAUAAUUUUUAUACACAUUUUAUAAUGGUGUCAAACUGCCAAUAUACAUUCUAUUUUUAAA